AUGCCAUAUCAGCAAGCCUCACCUGGACAAGAAAGACCAUUGGAUGCACUUCAAGCUCGGUCCCAGUUCGCACACGUCUUAAAGCUACAAACGUCAAGGCCAUUCGAUGGUAAAUAUUUCUUCAUCUGGUCGUUCGAGUUCGAGCUAAUGAUGGAAGGCGCGCAGAUUCUCGGCUUCUUCGACGGGUCCCUGCCAUACCCAAUACACGGCACACAGUACGACAAGCAGCAGUAUACGUAUCAGUCAAUGAUGGCAUAUACAAUCCUGCUGAGGAACAUCACUCCGAAUCAGCAGCAGAACAUUCGGUCUUACCGGGGAUACGGCAACUCCGCCGAGCUCGCAUACAACCACUUGAAGAACCUGUAUCAAGCAACAGACAGCGUCAAUCAAAGUCGAUUAAUGGCGCAAUUGACAAUAGUUGAAAUGAAACCGGCGAAAAAGGAAUGGCGUAUAUCAGCCGCUGUCGCGAAUUGCGCGGCAAACUCCUUCGAUGCGGAGGGUCGAUAUCGGAAGACGCCUUCGUCACAGUUGUCAUCGGCGGUCUUGGUCCUCAGUGGCGCUCCACUCGCGCCAUACUCCGAGCUCACGGGAAAAUAUCCGAAGCAGCACUCUGCGCCGAGAUUCACGCUGAGCAGCAAGACAUGGACCUGCAAGAAGAACGACACAAGAAGAAGGCAUCAGUACCCGAAUUCGCAUUCCACACUCAACGGCGUUACAACAACAACAACAACCGGCAUCAACCAAAACCCGUACCUCCGUUCUGCCACAUCUGCAAGACAUCAGGUCACCCUCGCACACACUGCCCAAACCGGCAGCAGCCAACACCAACGCAGCGGCAGCUUCGACCUUCAAGCAGUCAAGUCGCCUCAACGCAAGCGAAUCCCACCACUCAAGUACAAGCCUCAACAACAUCAACGGGACAAUCUGCACAAGGAUCAAGAAACAUCAUCAGUUGUAUGGCCAAAUUAA